CUCCUCCUCCUCCUUCUGCUCCGAGCAUCUCAGCUUCUCUCAUCCUCCGCAACUCAGCAUCCAUCCGAGGCGGGGAGACAGGUGAGCCCGGAGAGGAGGGGUACCCCAGUGCCAUGGUGAGAGAGGGGGGACGGAAGGAAGACCUCCGACCUCCUGUAUGACAGCUGUCAUCCUCCUCCUCCCCGCCGCCGCCGCCGCCGGCCUGUAGAUCCUCCAUCCUCCCCAUGGCUGCUGACAUGGAGCUCCUCAAGUUGCUCUGACAAAGGAGAGCCUGCCUCGGUCAUAGAGAAGGAGGACGCUGGCAGCUCAGAAGAUGAAGCUUUUGGCGUUGGCCAGGAAGGGCAGCCUCCUUCUGAUGCUUCUCCCCAGCCUCAUGCCGGUGUCUGGGCUGGUGGCCAUCAAAGUGCCUCUGAGAAAUGUCCCUGCUGGGCCCGGACAGGUCCAUGGGAGCAGAGAGAGGCGCUCAGCAGAGGAGGAGACCAACUUCAUGGACAUGAAGGACAACCUGCGAGGAAAGUCCGGCCAGGGCUACUAUGUGGAGAUGAGGGUGGGCACUCCCCCCCAGACGCUUAACAUUCUAGUUGACACUGGAAGCAGUAAUUUUGCUGUGGGCGCAGCUCCUCACCCCUUCUUGAAAAGAUACUACCAUCGUCAUAGGUCCAGAACAUACAGAGAUGUCAGAAGAGGAGUGUAUGUUCCAUACACUCAGGGAAAAUGGGAAGGGGAAUUGGGAACGGAUUUGGUUACAAUCCCACAUGGACCCAAUGUUACUGUUGUGGCAAAUAUUGCAGCCAUCACAGACUCUGACAAAUUUUUUAUCAAUGGUUCCAACUGGGAAGGAAUUCUGGGACUUGCAUAUGCUGAAAUUGCAAGGCCGGAUGACUCGCUGGAACCUUUCUUUGACUCUCUUGUAAAGCAAACUCGGGUACCCAACAUCUUUUCUCUGCAGCUUUGUGGGACAGCUUACCCUAUAAAGGACAGCAAUGUUUCUGCUUCUGUGGGCGGAAGUAUGGUGAUUGGAGGAAUUGAUCCAUCGUUAUAUGUGGGUAAUAUCUGGUAUACACCAAUUAGAAAAGAAUGGUACUAUGAAGUCAUCAUUGUGAAAAUUGAAAUUAAUGGACAGGAUUUGACAAUGGAUUGUAAAGAGUACAACUAUGAUAAAAGCAUUGUGGACAGCGGUACAACCAAUCUUCGUCUGCCAAAACGUGUUUUUGAUGAAGCUGUAAAAGCGAUUAAGGCCGCUUCCUCGACAGAGAAAUUCCCUGAUGGAUUCUGGAUGGGAGAACAGUUAGUUUGCUGGCAGGAGGGUACUACACCAUGGAACAUAUUUCCUGUGAUAUCCCUUUAUCUAAUGGGUGAAGCUGCAAAUGAAUCUUUCCGCAUCACCAUCUUGCCGCAGCAAUACCUGCGCCCCGUGGAGGACAUAGCCACAUCUCAGGAUGACUGUUAUAAAUUUGCAGUGUCUCAGUCUUCUACUGGCACAGUAAUGGGUGCGGUCAUCAUGGAAGGUUUCUAUGUUAUAUUUGAUCGUGCACGUAAACGGAUUGGCUUUGCUGUCAGCACAUGCCAUGUGCAUGACUUCUCUCGCAAGGCCUCGGUGGAUGGUCCAUUCUAUGCCUCUAACUUAGAAGAUUGCGGGUAUAACACUCCACAGCUGGAUGAAUCAGCUUUAAUGACUACGGCCUAUGUAAUGGCUGGCGUGUGUGCCCUGUUUAUGCUGCCCCUUUGUCUAAUGCUCUUCCAAUGGCGUUGUUUUCGCUGCCUAAGACAAUCGCAAGAUGAUUUUGCUGACGAUAUUUCCCUGCUGAAAUAGGCAAGCACCUCCUUACCCUUAUUCUGAGUUGACUGAACCUCAGUCCUAGAAAGACUGCGUAACCUGUACACGAGGAUCCACCUGGGGUCCUCUUGCUGCAGCAAUGACUCCCAGAUAAACAAAGAAAGCUAAUUCUAGGGGUCUACCAAACAAUGGAUUCUUUUACAGCUUUACAAUACAGCCUCUUGAAUUACUACUGGUUAAGCAAAAAUGCAUCUUCCUGUGUUACCACUGCUAAAAGAAAUUAACAAAGGAAGCUGUCGUUAACAUUAAGCCAUAUUUAAGACUAACAAA